AGGAAAAUUGACAAAAGAAUUUAGCUCAGGGCCAAUCUUCCUCACCAAAACAAAAAAAAAGCACAACUAGUUUUAUGUACUUAAAAGUUUAGUCAUGUUUCCAAAAGCUACCUAUUUAUUUUCUCUAGGAAGGGUGUGUAUGUGUGUGUUGGAGUCAUAUAGUGCCCAGCUAUAGACCUUCAACAUUAUGUUCAAUGAGGUUGGAAAAGGGCACCAAAAUAAGUUUUCAGGGAGUUCAUAAUUAACUGAAUAAGGAAUAUAUUAAUAUUCCUGGCAGUGAGAGGUGAAUUAGAGGAGGUAACCAAGCAAUAUUAGUUUUCUAUUGUUGUGCAACAAAUUAGGAGCUUACAACACCUAUUUAUGAUCUCAUGGUUUUCAUGGCUCUAGAAUCUUGUAACAGAUUUGUUCUCUGCUCAGGAUCUCACAAGUCUGAAGUCAAAGUCAUUGGAGGCAUUCUCCAAGCUCAGGUGGCUGAGCAGAAUUCGUUUCCUGCAUUGUAGGGUUAAGAACCCCAUUUCUGUGCUGGCUAUCAGCCAGGGGUCCCUCUUAGCCCCUGUUGGCUGCCUGUAUUCAUUCCCACAUGGCCUCCUCCAUAUUCACGGCUAGCAGUGGAUAAUCUGUUUCUUGUUGAGUCUAUUUCAUGCCUCAGAUGUUUUUUUACUGGGAAGAACUCCGUCUUUCUUAAGGGCUUACUUGAUUGGGUCAGGCCUAACUUGAUUAGGUUAUUAAUCCUUUCCUAAAGUUAGCUGUGCCGUAUAAUAUAUUCUAAAACCAUCAUAUUCAUAGAUCUUUCCAACACUCAUUAGGAGGGGAUUAAAUAAGGGUGUGGCUCCUUGGUGGGUCAUCUUAGAAUUCCACGUACCACACCAGGGCAUGAGGGUACAGAGAUAACAGGAGGUUACUGUAUUCAUCCAGAUUUGAGUCUGUGAAGACCUCAAUUCAGGUGGUAGGGGAGAAGGAUAAAAGGAAGAGAUGCAAACACAUUUUAAGUGGAGGUUGAAUAGGACGUGCUGAUUGGCCCAAGAAUGAAGAAAAGGGUAAAUAGUCAAAGACACUUCAGACUGAAUCAAGCCGUCAAUUGAGGCAAAGACGUGAGAAAAGGAAAUGUCUCUGACUGGGAGGUCACUGAGUUUGGUUUGAGACGAGUUGAGUCUAAGUUAACAGGGCUUCAGAAGGAGAACAUUGAUGAGGCAGUUGUAAACAAAUGUAUUACUGUAGCCCGAGUCAGAGCUCAGGGCUGUGGAAGGAGACUUGGCUUCCAUCACAUUAGAGGUGUAGCUGAUGUUUUGAGGAUAAAUAUGCUUAUCAAAGAGGGUGGCCUAGAAGCCUGUUAUGGACUGAAUCACAUCCGCCAAAAUUUAUAUGUUGAAGCCCUAACCCCUGAUGUGACUUGGUUUGGAGGUAAGGCUUUUAAAGAGGUGACUUAGCUUAGGUGAGGUCACGAGGGUGGGGCCUGGUCCAACAGGACUGGUGCCCUAUAGAAGAGGAGGAGACGUCAGGAGAGUGGCACAGAUGGAGGACACAGGGAGAAGACAGCCAUCUGCAAGCCAAGGAGAGAGGCCUCUGGAGAAACCACACUUGCUGGCACUUUGAUUUUGGACUUCCAGCCUCCAAAGCUGUGAAGAAAUAAAUGCCUGUUGCUUAAGCCCCCCAGGCUGUGGUAUUUUAUUGUGGCCGCCCGAGCCUGACUCGUUCAAAGCCCAGGUAUGGUUUCCAAGAAGAGACACAUGUUGAGAAGGCAGGAGCAGGCAGAGUGAAUGAAAAGCAGCCAGAGGUCUAAGAAUGCUGAGUCUGCAUUGUGUAAGCUAGAGAGGCAUCUGGGGCUUGGGGUCAGAGUCUGGAAUCCAGCCUUCGCUCCUCAGUGGACGGCGCUAUCUGACUUUGAGCAGUCCCCAGAUCCUGAUUUAAGCUCUCCAAGCCCCAGAUCCAUAAAGUACAGAUAAUGUAUACACUUCCUGGUUAUUGGGAGGGUUAAAUAAUUUUCUGUAUUUCUGUUGCUAUAUUGAUAUUGAUAGAUAUGCAUACAACUAAAAGCUUUUUCCUAAGCUAUAAAGCACUAUAUAAACAUACCUUAUUGGCAAUGGCCUCCGGGGUUAUAAAACUAUGAUGUUCUGGUAAUAUCCAUAUAAAAAGAUUCUCCAUUCUUUUGCACUCAUCUGCAUUUGUAGCCACACCGUAAGCUCUCCCUUCCUGCUGUUUUCCAGGUAUCCACACAUGUCCAGGCAUUUAUUUUAUUAUGUUGAUAUGUUGCUUGAAAACUAGGUAGUGAUGGUUGUUAGAAUUUUGUCACGAAAGAAUAAGCGGGUUCCAAGGUGCAGCCCAAGGCAUGUUAGUGUGGGUUAGAGUAGCAAACUAGUGCCUGGCCUUCGCUCUCCAGUCUGACUGUGUGUGUAUGUGCCCCUGCCUCUGGUUCUUGCCUAUUUCAUGAGUGGCUGAGCUGGCCAGGCAAGAGUUAACUUGAUCCUCUAUUAAAGGUGCAUGUGGAAAACUUGGAAAAUAUUCAGGUGAAAAGUUUAAAGAAGUCAAAUAAUUUAGCCUUAAAAAGAAAACGCCGUGAAGAGAGCUGAGUAGCAUUCUUCAGUCUGCACUAGGAAGAGCUAAAAUGGGGUUUUUGGAUCAUCUUCCUUCUUAGAGAUCUAGAUUAGCUCUAAAAAAUGUUUAACUGACACCAAGAAUUGGAAUGGAUAACUGUCAAGUCUCUUCUGUUGGUCUUUAAGAAUAUGACAGCUUUUCACAUCUUUGGAAUGGGUUAGAUGGAUUCUAAUAGAAUGGGAGUUAUUUUUUAAAAAGGAGAAAAACCUCUGUGCUCAGAAAUAAUUUUUUUUAAAAGACCGACAUAACAUCUUGAAUAUAGUAGGCACUCCUAUUCAUGUUCGCAUUCCAAAUUUUAGGAAAGUAAUUGUGUAUGGAUAACACUGUUAUAUCAUCCAGAGAAGAUAGUUUCAUAAAUCAUUUACUGCCUGCUGCUGUGUUUCUAUAACGCUAGUAGCCAUGUUCAGUUUAUUUUUGUUUGAAAAUGUCGGUGUUAUUAAAAAAAUGACUAACAGAGAAUGUAAAGCAAAUUUGAAUGUUACUCAACACUAAAUAUGUGGAAGAAUACUAUGAAUCUUUUUUAUAAGUCUCAAGAAACCUCUGCCUCAAAUAAAUAAAGCUAAAAUGAAACUUCACAUUUUCUGCAUGGAAACAUUGAUGCCGAUUUUAUUUCAUUUUUUGCUUUUUAUCCUAGAAAAGAAUACAUAUCAGUGCUUUACCUAACUGUACUUAAUUUUAUAAUAAACAAGAUAGAAGUGUAGGUAUUUAUUUUAUUUGUUACAGAUAACUUUUGAACACCUAUGUGCGAAACACUAAGCGUAGCUGGUAAGAGGAAUUCUCUCAAAGCAGCCUUCAGCCCGCUGUGUGGAAGUGAGAACAAUACACAUAUAUAGUGAAAGGAACAAAUAGAGGAAAAUGGGUGGAUCAGCUGAUGUAUGUGUAUAGUUACAUAUAUAUAUAUAUAUAUGAGCCAAUUUCAUAAUAAAAAUAAUUAAUGUUGUAUCUAAUUAAAUAGAAGCCUGUAUUUUCCAGUGACUUUGGAAUAAUUCAAGCCACUGAAGACUUUGGGGUAUCUGAGAAAAAAAAACUUGCUUUUAUUUAAGUAGUCCCUCCAAAGGGAGAGAAGAGAAUAAUUUUCUGGCAUGCACAUCCCACCUUCCACCCAAUGACAAAAACCACAGUCUUAAAAAUGUGCAUAUGCACUCAGUUGUUUCAGAUUUCAAGCUCUAUCAGUUCAGCAUUUUGCCCCUCCGCCCCUCUUCCUCGGGUUGAGUCUAAGCUCUGAGGCUCAGAGGGAGAGCUGCAGUGUCAGUGGAUGGUGUCCUGUCUACUGUUAGCCCCGAUCCGUCCUGAGGGGCCGUCCACCCUGCUGUCUAACUGUGCUGCCUCCUUUAUCGAGUGUCUUCACUCCGUAGGUCGGCAUCCUGUGAGAUGGCUUUGGUCAGGUCUGCCUCCGUUUCACAUGGCCAUGCAGCUUUCCCCAAGAAUGUCCCUUCUGUGACCCGUGAGAGGCCUGGUGGGCCUCUUGCCUUUUUUUCAUGGCCUGCUGUAUACCAGGCUCAGGAGGAAAUGAGGAUUCUCGUUGAUAACUGUGAGAGUGGGGCUGACACCCGGCAGCCAUCUCCACUGUCCCUCAUCCCGGCUCCCAGGAAACUUUGUCCAGACAGCAGAGGAGUCCAGGGUUCCAGCAUUGUCCCCACCCUCAGCCCAGCUCUUACUCUUGUUUUCUUUCUCUGAGCUCAGAAACUUUUACACAGUUCAAAGUGGGCACGGGGUAGGAAAACCAACCUGCUCAUCAGGUGUUCUUCCUUAGCAUUCUGCCCCACACCCGAACUGCUGCUUUCAUCAACUUAAGGACCAAGAAUUGCAAGUCUGUUCUCUGGUGCCUCCUGCUGACCCCAGUGGGGGAGGGUCAUGAGAUUCACGGACAUAGGUCAUCAUGGUGUGUGGAGGCCGAGAAACAUUUCCUUUAAUACUUCCCAUAUCAUCCUGCUGUCCAGGGAAAAUAAUCCUGUCAUCGCAGUGUGUGUCAGUUCAGGUUCCAGAAGGGCACAGAAAACAUCUUCAGAGAGGAGGCUGAAGAGGAUUGAAUGAAGGGACUGUUUAUGGAGCAGUUUGAAGAGAAUCAGUGAUGGAUGUCAGGGCACCUGAACUAGUCAUGGGGAGAAGCUGUUACUAUCAUUACGUCUGUAGGGAUCAGAGGAAUAAAUACUGUUCCCAGAGCACAAUGAGCAAUGGGUCCGUGGGGAAGGAGCUGCCUGGGGGAUAAGUCCAGGAGGUUUAUAGCCAUACCAGAACCAGAGAAUCCAAAGAAGGAGGGCUAGGCAGACUGCAGGGAUGCCCCAAACCUCUCUCUCUCUCUGUCUCUGUCUCAUGCCCAUUAACCUCCUAUUGGUACCUCCCAUUGUCUAAACCUACCUGGAGGUCAGAGGACAAGGGAGCCCAAAGGAUGUGGUCCAUAGGUGUCAGCCGUCCAAUGCACACAACAGGGCAGAGAAGGCUAGGGUGGGUAAGGGGAUGAAAACGGAGAAUAACAGGAACAGAGAAUUUGAUUGGAGAUCAGACAGGUACACUCCUGAUUUCAAGUACUCUGCUUAAUGUGCCCACUGAUAUAAGCACCCUUGCCGGGAUCUGAGGCUUGAUAUUGAGUGUCGACAGUAGGGCUUUUAGCUAGGGCUAGAGACAGAGGUGGCAAGAGAGUGAAAUAAAUGAAGCAGGAAGGAUAAAGAGCCCACAUGGUAUACUACUAUAGCUAUACAUUUAUUUUUAAAUGAUUUGAGGAAAUCUAUGUAUUGUCUCUGUACUAUGUGGUUCUCAAUUAUAUUUUUUCUGAAAAUGAACUAAGGGCCAAUACAAAUAGUUUUCCAGCUACCCUGCAAAGCCACUGUGGAUUGAUGUGUGCUCGUGUUAUCAAAUAUAUGGGUAUAUUUUCUAAUGGCGCUAGUAGAUAUGAGUCUUGCAUUUCUUUGCAUUAUUACAUUGUAUGUCUCAUAAUUCAUUUAUUCACUCAUAUGCCACACCCUCUUCUGCUUGCUUUUCAAGCAGAAGCUCUUUCAAAACUGGUCUUUUAGAAUUGUAACUGGUCCCCCCCCCACCUUUGUGCCAGAUGUGAAAAGUAUACAAACACAGCUGGAUUAAUACCCUUCUGCAGAUGGUUUAGUUGGUACUUUGAUGCAUUAAUAUUACUGCCAGGAUCUUAUAAUGUAGGUCGAUGUAACUGCCUCAGUUGAAAAGAACCUUAAAGAAAGCUACUUUGUCUCACGUAUAUUUGUCUACACAGGGUGGCCAGUCCAAGCAUAACCAACGGCUUCUGCAACACUAAGAUGCUAAAAAAAUACUCAGAAAGCAGAUGACUAACAGAGCCAAGUAAUUCCUGUCGCAACUGAGAUAGAGGAUUAAGCUCUGGUUAUGAAAUUUGCGUAAAACCGUGAGGAUUAGUUUGAACUGAGCCUUUCCUAGUUCACUAUUAGGCGGUUAAUUUAUGCCUUCCUUUGCCAUCAGUUUCUUCUCUGGUGAGACUGUGAUUGGCCCGGUCAUUUCAGAGGUCUGCAGAUCCUCUUUAUUUUCCAGAUUAGGUACUUUUUUUAAAGCAUGAGUUUGACGGAUUUGGAAAGCUGAAGCUAGAUGGCAAAGGAUGUUUUCUGCCUAAUUACAGUAAAUCUUUGGCUGGUUGAAGAUGCUCUGAGAAUUUUCACUUUUAACUUUUCUAGUUAAGAGAAUCUAACACAAGGUUUUUUCUUCCUUUUUAAAUUUUUGUUUUAGUCCUCAUGUUAGAAAAUUUUCUACAAUACAUAAAUUAAUGGCUUUUCUCUCUGCUGGGUGAAAUAGGUGCAUAAAUGGCAACUUGAACACAUUUUAAUCUCUUUUAGGUUCAUUCAUUUGCUUUGCCUCACUGUCAUUGGCACAUAAUAACUCGGUUGGAAAAAGGAUGGAUACCUGUAUGUUAUGAAGCCUGUUAUGGAAGCUGUGACCUGGACCAGCAGAGCAUCGUUCACGUUGUGCUGAGACCCCAGAGAAAAGACCAAGAAACGAACACACCUGGAGGGGACAAGCCACAAAGUGCUGCCAUGGGGGGCUCUGAGAGGGAACCUGAGAGCUUAACGCGUGUGGACCUCAGCAGCUCCAUCCUCCCCACCCACUCGGUGGGCCUGGCUGUUAUUCUGAACAGUGACUGCGAGAAUGAUGUCCCGCCACCUGGAAGGCCAGCAGGUAGAUCAACCUACAACAGCUUUUAUGUCUAUUGCAAAGGUCCGUGUCAGAGAGUCCAGCCAGGAAAACUCAGGGUACGGUGCAGCACCUGCCAACAAGCCACGCUCACCUUGGCCCAGGGUCCAUCUUGCUGGGAAGAUGUCUUAAUCCCAAAUCGGAUGAGUGGUGAAUGCCAGUCUCCAAACUGCCCUGGGACGAGAGCUGAAUUUUUCUUUAAAUGUGGAGCACACCCGACCGCUGACAAGGAAACUUCAGUAGCUUUGAACCUGAUCACGACCAAUAGUCGAGACAUCACCUGCAUAACAUGUACAGACAUCAGGAGCCCUGUCCUGGUUUUCCAGUGCAACUACCGCCAUGUGAUGUGCUUAGACUGUUUCCACUUAUACUGUGUGACGAGACUUAAUGAUCGGCAGUUUGUCCAUGACCCUGAGCUUGGCUACUCUCUGCCUUGUGUGGCUGGCUGCCCCAACUCCUUGAUUAAAGAGCUCCAUCACUUCAGGAUUCUUGGGGAAGAGCAGUACAACCGGUACCAGCAAUAUGGCGCCGAAGAGUGUGUGCUGCAGAUGGGGGGCAUGCUGUGCCCCAGCCCUGGCUGCGGAGCAGGCCUGCUUCCUGAGCCAAGCAGGAGGAAAGUCACUUGCGAAGGGGGCAACAGUCUGGGCUGCGGGUUUGUCUUCUGCCGGGACUGUAAGGAAGCGUACCAUGAAGGUGAAUGCAACGCCCUGCUUGAAGCCUCGGGAGCAGUUACUCAGGCCUACAGAGUUGAUGAGAGGGCGGCAGAGCAAGCCCGGUGGGAGGAAGCCUCCAAAGAAACAAUCAAGAAAACCACUAAGCCCUGUCCUCGUUGCCACGUGCCAGUUGAAAAGAAUGGAGGAUGCAUGCACAUGAAGUGCCCGCAGUCCCAGUGCCAGCUCGAGUGGUGCUGGAACUGUGGCUGCGAGUGGAACCGCGCCUGCAUGGGGGACCACUGGUUCGACGUGUAACCGGAGCAGCUGCAACACGGCAGGGCUCAGCCGCCAUCCUGCCUGGAAACACACAAAGUGUCCUACUGUCAUGUGCCACUUUUGCUUUCUACGCGCACACACACACACACACACUUCAAGUUCUUUACAAAAUCACCAAAACAAAGUUACAAGAGAUGCUCCUAGCAUCCCUCUCAUUGUGCCCAUUAAAAACAGCAAAGCUAAGGGUGAGACCACCAUCAGUAUUCGCAAGCCUCAGCAAUACACAAAUACCAGAACACAGAUCAAAUUGCACUUCCAUCGUUUGUAUCGGUUGUCAUUCUUGAGUGAAUUCAAGUCAAGUUGGCUAAGUAUGUAGAGAGCGAUUUCUCAGGUUUAAUUUCUGCAUUUUGCCUUUAGCAAAUAUUGGGAAAAAGCCAUUUGUGAGGUGAGAAAUCAUUUCGAGGGACUAUUGUCAGCGGUUCUCUGUAAGAUGGCCUGUUAAUGGAUUCUCAGAACUGUAUUCACUGCUUUAAGAACAAUGCUCUUAUUUAAAUUUUCAGAGAACAUCUAUUCCCAAAGAACUGCAGACAAUAGUCAAAACUAUGUGUUUAUCCCCAAGAAUUCUACCUUUCUUUAUUGCAUGGAUGAAAUAUCAACUUCACACAAAUCGGCUUGUCAACUAAGUGAGAAAAUAUGAAAGUUAGUUUGAUGUUGAAUGUUUAAACUAUAGGGAAGAAAUCAAAACUUAAUGCUCUUUCAUUCCAUUUAAUUACUUGCAACUUUAGAAAGAUGAUUUUCUAAAAAUAUUGCAAAAUCUAUCAUUUGAUUUUAAACAUUCAUUUUGCAGCUUUGAGAAUAAGCUAAUACAUUUGGCUUCACUGUAAAUUUAAUGGAUAAGGUGCCUAUAAAGACAUAUUUAGAAAUGAUUUCGUAAUGAUUCUCAAUGUUAACAAAAGUGCAGCUCACUAAAGCAGAAUGUCUAAAGAAGGCGCAUUUCCAGGACUAUCUCAGGAGGUAGCCUGACUCUCUAUCAGGAGGGUUUAUGCUCUUUCUGCUUACCCACUCUGUUCCUCCAAUCUGCAAGUCCCGGGGUUUCUGCCCACCCAGUGGCUUACUCCAAUGGAAAGUUCUUUUCUCUAAGAUGGUAAAUUCACACUCAAAUAUUAACAUGGACUGAACUGGAGUGUUGACCAGAUUUUCAUCUUUUUUUUAUUUUGAGGCAUUCACAACACCUCAAAAAGAGAUGUAUUCACACUUAGAUGCAACAAACCUCACUUUCGGCAGCACGGUAUGCAGGUGACAAAGGGUAAACCGCUGUCUUUUGUUCUCAUCAUCUGUCUUCUCAGGAAAACUGUGACCAUAACUAAGGGCACAGUGAGUUUCACUAGCACAUGGGAUCCCUUUUGGAUUUAGGGACCCUGGAAAUUUUGAAAUCGGUAGCAGGGCUUCUCUUUGUAGAUGGAGCACCAGAAAUCCUUGCUGGGAGGAGAGAGGGAAUGACCCCAGAAAAUUUCCCAGAGGCAUCUGUCCCUGGUUCCCUAACCUUCCAUCCAGGGACAGUCCUACCCUCAGGGGCUCUGCGCCUGGGACAAGACGAGGAUGUGGCAGCCACAUCAACAUUAACAGCCUCAUUUGGCUUCACUUUGUCAAAAAAUUCAACCUCCCCAACAUGGCCCCAAGGCUGCCCGACUCAUGUCAGGAAGCCUAAAGAUUAUUUAGAGAUAAUGGAGAACCAAUGUCUGUGAGUGUGAGAAGAAGGAAGGUCAACAGGCACGAGCCCGCACAUCCCAACGGCUGGUGUCAGUGCUCAGUCUGGAACCCACCCAGGGCCUGCCCGUAUGUUACUGACAAUCCCAGUAAGUAGCACCUCCUUGCACUGACCCGACAGGACAAAUGAAGUGGCACCCUCCGUCAUGUGGAGCACCCAGCAUUUUAUGUCUUCCAAAGCUUUUGGUUUUAAUGAUGCUGCCAUUGUUGCCUCUUCCAAAUCUGCAUGGUUUGUUGGGUGUGGAUGCCUGAACAAGGUUUGCUCCCAUGUGUUCAGGCACCGUAGAAAUCCCUAGGUACUCCGUUCCUUCCCUCAUGGGUGUCUUUAUGUAUUUUUCUUUUCAGAAUAGAAUACUGAUUCUUAAAACAAGUUAAAGAAAAAAUAGCCACUAUAAAUGAAUGUGAAUCACAAACCACUAUAACGUGUUUGAGCUUGAAUGAUGUAACAAAAUGUGAAUACAUCCGAAGAAUAGAAAUAAAGUCUUUGCAGAAGAAUCUCUAUUUUUCUCUGAAAUGUGUAAAGAAAUACUUGACUAAGAUUGUACUCAAAUUGUCAAUAAAAGCAUCAAAAUAG